AUGUCCAUGGUUCAUGGUGGGGACCUACCAGGGCCGCCCACGGUGCCCAUCCUCGGCAACAUUCCGGAAUUCCGCGAGGUGCCUCUCAAGAUCCGCAACGCGCGAAACUUGCACCGCGAGUACGGAGACUUGAUCAGAUGGUUUACUCACCCUUGGAAAUUUCACCGAAAACUGAUCAACCCUACAUUCCACUCUGAGCUGCUGGAGGGAUUUCUGGAGGCCUUCCACGAGGGCGGCCUCUACCUGUGCGAGCGCCUGGCCAGCACUGGAGGCACCGCCACCGAGACCUACAAUCCGGCACUCAAGGCAGCCCUGCGUAACAUUUACGACACCGUUAUUGGCAUCAAGCAUGAGCUGCUGCUACCAGACGACGUGUCGGAGGAUGAGUUGGCUGGCGCCAUGAGUGAUGCCAUGAUCUCCAUAACGAGUAUGCUGACGCGCCCGUGGCUAUAUAGCAAGUUCCUAUUGAAGCUGACCUCCAAAGGUCGUAAUGUAUUCAAGCAUACGCGGAUGCUGGAGGAUGCGACCAUGACCUUCAUCACCAUGAGGUCGGCGACCACAGAGGAGGGGUUUACCAGCAAGCGCCUGAACCUUGUGGAAUCUCUAAUUAAGCCAGGAGGGCAGCCAGUAAUGCCACUCAGCGAGAUUCGGGAUGAGAUCAUGAAUCUGGCGCUGGCCGGCACUGAGACGACGGCUGUGACAAUGGGCUUCGUGCUGGCUCUGCUGGCCCUCCAUCCAGAGUGGCAGGACGCAGCCCAGCAGGAGCUGAGAGAAGUCUUUGGCCAGGGCGGCGACUUCCUGCGUACUGCCAGCGCCGGUGACCUGGGCUGCCUCAAGGUGUUGGAGAGCAUCAUAAAGGAGACGCUGCGAUUGUUCCCAGCCGUCCCAACGAUGUUUCGGGAUGCCACGAAGGAACUCUGGCUCUCGAGGCUGGGGGUGCUGGUCCCCAAGGGCACCACAUUGGCUUUCAUGCCCUGCAUCACCCAUCGCCUGCCGGAGUUCUUCCCGGACCCACAGAAGUUCGACCCUUCACGCUUCUUGAAGGACUGUGAUGGCAAGGAGCACGUGUGUAGCUACAUACCAUUUGGGGUAGGUGCACGCAACUGUGUGGGUUCCCAGUAUGCCCGCCUGCAGCUCAAGGUCUUCCUUUCAAAUGUUCUGAGGCGCUUCCGCAUCCUGCCACAGAGCUGCCGGGAGGAUCUGGAGGAAUGCAUACUUACCGUCAGCCAUCAGCCGGUUAAGCCAAUCAAGGUCUCUUGCGUGCCCCUGCAUGAACACAGCACAUAAGAAUAUCCUUCACACUGCUGAAGUGAAGGUCUUCCUGACCACUACCAUGAGGCGCUACUGCUUCCUACUACACGGACACUUUGUGGAUCUGAAGAACAAUGCACUCCACAUCAGUCUACACACAGUGAAGAUGAUCACGUCUCUGGCAGGCCUCUGUGGGUGCCCAGCACAUAGGAACAGCCUCAGCAGAACUACUGACAAAUAUCACAAGGUCGUUUUCAUUCCUACCACAUAGGUGCUGGAAGGAUGUGAAGGUCAACACUUUCCCCACCAGCCAGCACACUGUCAAGACGAUAUUGGUUUACCACGUGAUCCUGCAUGGGUCCAGCGCACAGGACUGCCCUCUGUACUGCAGAAGCUGAAGGUUUUCCAGGCCAAUACCCCGAGAGGCUUCUGCUUCCUUCUGCAGGGCUGCUGAAAGGACAUGGAGGACAAUGUUCUCUCCACCAUGCAUCAGACCAUUAUGUUUGAACAACUUAAGAGUUUCUAUGGUGAUGUGUCUUCCAUGCUGUAACAUCUAUGCCUGAGAAUCCUUCUAAACCUCAAAAAUCUGCAUAAAUUUCUGCAAAAAUCGCUGCAGUUAUAAAAGUACUGCCU